AUGCUCGUGACAAGUUUGAUACAGCUAAGCCAGGGCUCAUUCUCAUCACCUGUGUUGCUUAUUAAGAAAAAAGAUGGCAGUUGGCAUUGUUGCAUAGAUUAUCGCACCUUAAAUGCCAUUACAAUUAAGGAUAAGUUUCUGAUGCCCACUAUCGACGAGCUUCUGGUGGAAUUAGGUCGUGCUUCUUGCUUCUCCAAACUCGACCUCCGACAGGGCUUUCAUCAAAUUCGAAUGGCCGAGGAUGAUAUUCCUAAGACUACAUUCCGUACACUUCAGGGCCACUACGAAUUCAAGAUGAUGUCAUUUGGCCUUUGCAAUGCCUCUUCGAUGUUUCAGGCCACCAUGAACGAACUCUUUCGGCUAUACCUCCAUCCAUUUGUGGUUGUAUUUUUUGAUGAUAUUCUGGUAUACAGCUCGGACAAAGAUGGUUGUUGCUACAGCUACUUCUUCUUCAAUCUCAGCGUGGUUCACUCCUCACGCUUUCACUUUCGUAAAAUUCAGAAACCAGUCCUCCUAGUCCCUGGCGGCGGCAAAGCCACCACCUACACUCGCCUCCCGCUCAAGCACGACUAUUCCGCUCCCUCCCCUCUCUCCUCUCCCGAAAUCAAGCUCUCCGAAACAGCCCCACCGAUCACCCGCCUCCUUCGUAAUCGCAAACCACAAAAUAUAAAACAAGACGACGUCGUGUUCGAGUAUUCCGAUUCCGAACCUGAAAGUGAUGACAAGUAUGAAGCCUUUGACUUUUCGGGAUACGAGAAUGUGGACGAAGGCGAGGAAGAGACUCCGAGCGUGAAGGAGAAGGGGGUCCCAACAGUGAUGCGAUGUUUUGACAGGGUGAAGAUAUACGUGAAGUUGGGGGACAGUGGGAACGACAUGGUGGCGUUCCUCUCCCUCUUCAAAUCCCACGGAGAAAGGAGGAGUGAGUACAAGCACGGAGUGAGUAGGAGCACGUCUUGA